CAUUCAAUUUGGCGCACAGCUUAACUCAACAGCAGCAGCACCAGCUUAGCCUCAGCUCAUACAACAACGCUUAAGCCUGCGUCAACAACAUGUUGCAUUUAGUGCUUAACAUUUGCAGCAUUUUGUGCUUGCUCUACUGCAGCAAAGCUGCGGAACUGCGACGCGAUGAAACGUAUCCACCACCCGAGCUGCUAAAGGAGCUGGCGCCAGUGCAUGAUACCUGCGUGGGCAAAACAGGCGUCACCGAGGCGGCCAUCAAGGAGUUCAGCGAUGGUGAAGUGCACGAGGAUGAGAAGCUCAAGUGCUAUAUGUACUGUGUCUUUGAUCAGACCGAUGUGCUGCAUGAGGAUGGCGAAGUGCACUUGGAGAAGCUGCUGGACCGCUUGCCGGACUCUAUGCACGACAUUGCUGUUAACAUGGGCAAGCGUUGUCUCUAUCCCAAGGGCGACAACAAAUGCGAGCGCGCCUUUUGGCUGCAUCGCUGCUGGAAGACAGCGGAUCCCAAGCUUGGUGCAAGUUUUAAUCAUAUUACCAUAGAUCGAGCCCACACCUGGUGGCAGCAUGCCCACCAAUUUAUCCAGCAUUAUAUUGCCAUUGGCAUCCAGUGUACCUCAAAGCAAAUUCAAAUUGCAACUGCGGUUGUCAAGCAAUAUCGACGACGCGUAAUAGUUCACAGAAACAGCAACAGCACAGAGUGUGCAACAAAAAGUAGAAAAACGUACGAGAGCUGCCAACGUACAAACAAAUUUUUGCUUGUUUCACACACAGACAUGAAAAUGGCUUUGAGUGACUUUGGUCGACGUCAUUCUGUCGCUGCCUGCCUCUUAAUCGUCUUGCUGCUGAACGUUGCACGCUCAACACAACAGCAGCGCAUAGAGGGCUAUCCACCAUCGAAUGUACUUAAAAUGGCAAAGAUAUUCCACGAUGCCUGUGUGGAGCAAACCGGCGUCAGUGAGGCGGCCAUCAAAGAGUUCAGCGAUGGCGAAAUACACGAGGAUGAAAAGCUCAAGUGCUAUAUGAACUGCUUGUUUCAUGAGCUGGAAGUUGUGGACGAUAAUGGCGAUGUGCAUCUGGAUACGCUCUACCACUCCGUGCCCCACUCCAUACGCGCGCAUCUCAUGGACAUGUCCGCCAAGUGCCUGCAUCCCGUAGGCGACACGCUUUGCGAGAAGGCCUGGUGGUUCAAUCAAUGCUGGAAGAAAGCAGAUCCUGAGCACUACUUUUUGCCCUGAAGCGUCUUGGACAUCAAGCAGCAAUAUUAUGCAUAGCUAUGUAGUGUAGUGUAGUUUGAUAUACGACAAUAAUUGUAGCUAGGGGUGAGCAGUUAAUAAAUACGUUUCAGUUAUAAACAAAUUA